UUCCAUUUCAUGGUCCAUUCAACCACGACGACCGACAACCGCAACGACGACGACGACGGUGGAUCCAUGCCCGGAUGAACUCACACCAGAAGCCCUUACCUUCGCUACCAUUGACCACUCCAACGCUCUCUUCACUGACUAUCGACAAAGACCCCAGUGCAAAUGACGGCAUUCUUAACACAAAGGACGACAUAGGAGAGCUAUGGACAGAGGGGAGAGCCCAUCGCGGGCAGGUGCUAGAAUACCUUGGAAUGGGACCGGGAGUUAUUGAUGAGGUGCUGGACGAGAUGGGCCGAGCGGUGUUGCCAGCGUUGACGACGACAAACUCGGUGCUCGAGCCUUCCAUUCCUGGAGUCGUCGAAGACGCCGCCUUGGCCGGAAAGGAUUUUACCGCUAAAGACAAGAAGGAUGAACGUUUUGUGUCCAAGCUCGCGACGCCGAGACUCCUCCUUCACCUUCGCAUCGAGCGCCGACAGCCGGAGCCAGUUGAAGACUACGGGUUUUAUAUCGUUCGUGCCGCCACCAGGAAUCGUUUUCAGAAUAAAGUGAAGGUGAAAUUUAGAGAAGGAAUCUGGGAUGGCCAAGCAUUAUUCAGAGCAGAGGAUGCUGCGAACCAUGCUCGAGCGGGCAGUUCAUCCACAGCUGCGGAAAUUGACCAGGUCACGGAUACGACUGAAACCGAAGGACCCUAUGUCGGCGGUACCUUCAUCGUUACUACUUCCAAUCCAUUGUCAGACAAGGAGAUCUGGCAGAGUAGAAUCCGUUGCGCAAUAUACCUCCAUCUUUCGCUCCUGCUGGAGCAAGCUUUCCUACGAGGGUGUGGGGUACCACUCGUUUUCCCUUCAUCGACGCCGAUAACUUCGCCAAUCACCCCUCCGCGUAUGACUGCCUCGCCCAUAGAGAUGGAAUCAAGUUCGUCAAGGCGCAAUGCCUUCAUUCCUAACAGUGUACGCUCAUGGUUCGGAAGUUUCGGCUCUGGCAUUCACAGUAGAAGCCUUGGACCGCUCAGCUCCAGCAAACCAUGGGGUGGGUCCUUGGAUUUGACGUCAACCAAAAGCUCAGAGGAUGCACCAUUACCGAGGCUGAAGCGGCUGCUCUCUCACCGACACUCACAUUCGCUCUCUGUUGCCGAGGAACAGCCUAGCCAGCAUGUUCGGCACCGUAACCGCACGCCACCGACACGACAAUCUACAGCUCAUCAUUCCAUGCUAUCAACCAGUCCAAAUCUGACAUUUCCUCCGUCUUCGCGACUAGCAGGCGUCGAGGGAUGGGUGCAGAUGCAAGGACUGGCAUACCUUGAGGGUGAGAAAGAGGAGUACGCACGGUUCUAUGGACAUGGGGAUCGCAGGUUGUGGGAGGUCGUCAGAGAUUUGUUGCACACGAAACAGGAUGCUCCAUGCCCAGUCACCAGGACAUGGGUCCAUGCGAGUGUCAAUGUGCUCGCCGAGGUCGAAGUGGAGCCUGCUCAUCCUUCUUCGGAAGACGUGAUAAUUUUUGAUGAAGCAAACAAGGAAAAGGAUCGAGAUAACGAAGACGCGGAGCUCUCACUUUGCCUAAGCUGUGCUACGUGCGGAGCGAAGAGCGACAAGAAGAGUCUUGGAAAUGCUGGGCUACUAUCGUUCUCUAAAUUCCUCGAGCUGCUCAUAUAUCGCCCACCUUCGCCAACGAUUUGCUCCUGUCCGGCCCCGACCAAGAUACGAUACAACUUUCAGGGCAAAGGGAAGGAGGUGCGCUUCUGGCGGCAAGAACUAGGCAGUGUGUAUGAAGUGCGGGUGCCACGUGUACAGGUUCUCGAAGGCGACGCUCCCCAUGGCGGAUCUUCGUUUUCAUCGAAAGAGAAGGAUGAAGGCGAGGAUAGCCUGGAGAAGGUUGAACUGCGACGAGAGAUUCGUGCUUGGUGGGAAGAUAUGGGCAAGAAAUUGGAUUUACUGGAAGUGGAUGAAGCUGAGCGUUCGGAGGAUAAAUAUAGCCAUGAGUGGACACGAUCGAAGGCUCUUCCCAGAGUUCCAUCUGAAUGGGUUCACUACGACGAUGCUGAAUUCGAGGAGCCGGCACCAGUCGAUGGGCUACCAGCAGCGACACCAGCGAAAGACGACAAGACGGUUGGGUACCCUCCUGCUACGGCGGAGACCAAGAAAUCGAUAUCAGAACUUCGGGAAUCCUUCCACCGAAAGGAACAGGCUCUCUACACGGAGCUGCGGCGGACGCCCGUGCAGAGGCUUAAUGAUGUUCGACGAGGAUUCUUGAAGGGGGCAAGGGGGGCGCUUGAGGAGCUUGAAGGGCGGCAGAAAGUGCCUGGGAAGGUGGAUAAGAAUUCGGUGAUGACGGUCAUGGAUGAUGGAGGCACCAUCAAGUCUGGAGUAGAGAAGAAAUCGUCGAAUCCGGCUUGGUGGGGAGAGAAGAGCCACGUCUUGGCUGGGGGUAAUGUCAUCGUCAAAGAGGAUGAUUGGGGGAGUGUUAUUGCGUGGUGUCUGAGUUCUCCGAAGUAUCAGCGCGAACUUGAAACCAUGGCGAACCCACGAUCGCCUAGCCGACCACCUUUACGACCGUCCUCGAGCUCAUCUUGCCCGCCUCCGUCUUCGUUUACUUCAAAACCGACCCUCGUUUCUCCUGCUCUAUCUACGUCCACGUCGUCAUCCACUGCAUCGUUCUUCUCUGCGGUCUUUCGUGCUCCAGCGCUUGCGCCAGAAUGGCAUUUGGAAGACCACGAGUUGCAUGUCUGUAGGAAAGGUGUGGGUAUAGGCCUUGGACUAGUGAUUGGCGUAGGAGGGAUGAGCAAUCGAUUCGGAAGCUUGGCAGGUUUGGGCAAGGGGAAGAUAGGCGAUGAGAAGGACGGAGGUGGAAGGAGCAGCCUGAUCAGCGUCGGUAGUGCCAGUGUUGUGGUUUCCAAAGAGGAACGGCCGGAAGCGGCCGUUGCCCCUGUUCUACCCCCAAAGGACAGCCUUGAAGUGCCGACGUUGGCUACUGUCAAAGAGAAGGAAAGAGAAGGCUCUUUCUUUUUGAACGCGUUGAGGAGUGUUCGUCUCCUAGGGGAUGCUGCAGGCAUCGACGAACGCCCACACGUGAGGUGUGACUUGUCGGUGAAAGGAGUAGGUGGAACGGUGAAGAAGUGGAGUGUGACUGUGUACUAUGCUAGAGAAUUUGAGGAGCUAAGGGGGCGAUGCGGAGUUGGCAAGGGCGGUGCUGGUGUGUCAGCUGUGAUGGGCGAGUACGUCAAGAGCUUGCGCCAGACAGAGGGCUGGGACGCGCAAGGAGGCAAGAGUCGUGCUGGGUUCUGGCGCACGGUUGACGGGCAGUAUGUAAUAAAGGAACUGGUCAGUAAGUGGGGAGUGGCGGAUCUUUCUUCUCUCCCUAGCUCCCGAAUACUUCGCUUACAUCAAUAGCACGUCUGGACGAGACAGUACGAUGGUGAAGAUGCUUGGCGUGUAUUCCGUCGA